AGGGCCGACGGCAAGCUUCGAGGCCGCCCAGUUUGGAGGCCGCUAUGGCUACCGCUCCCUGGGCCGAGAUCCGCGAGAAAUUCCAGGCUGCCCUGGCCCUGUCGCGGGUGGAAUUACAUAAAAACCCGGAGAAGGAGCCGUACAAGUCCAAAUACAGCGCCCGGGCGCUGCUGGAGGAGGUCAAGGCGCUGCUCGGCCCCGCGCCGGAGGAUGAGGACGAGAGGCCUUCGGCCGACGAGGGCUUGGGCGCGGGGGACCACGCCCUGGGGCCGCCCACCGAGGCCGUGGAGCCCGAGGGGCCCGCCGCUCAGCGGGCCGUGCGGCUGGCGGUUCUCGAGUUCCACCUCGGGGUGAACCACAUCGACACGGAGGAGCUGUCGGCCGGGGAGGAGCACCUGGUGAAGAGCCUGAGGCUGCUGAGCCGGUACCGGCUCUCGCACUGCUGCGUCUCGCUCUACGUGCAGGCGCAGAAUAACCUGGGCAUCUUAUGGUCUGAAAGGGAAGAAAUUGAAACUGCACGGGCUUACCUAGAAUCGUCAGAAGCUCUGUAUAAUCAAUAUAUGAAAGAGAUUGGGAGUCCUCCUUUUGAUCCGACAGAACACUUUCUUCCUGAAGAAGAGAAGCUCACUGAACAGGAGAGAUCAAAAAGAUUUGAGAAGGUUUAUACUCAUAACCUGUAUUACCUGGCUCAAGUCUACCAGCAUAUGGAAAUGUUUGAGAAGGCUGCUCACUAUUGCCACAGCACACUGAAGCGACAGCUUGAGCACAAUGCCUAUCAUCCUAUGGAGUGGGCUAUUAAUGCUGCUACCUUGUCACAGUUUUAUAUCAAUAAGCUAUGCUUUAUGGAGGCCAGACACUGUUUAUCAGCUGCUAAUGUUAUUUUUGGUCAAAUUGGGAAAAUUCCAGCCACAGAAGACACUCCUGAAUCAGAAGGGGAUGUGCCAGAGCUGUAUCAUCAGAGGAAAGGGGAGAUAGCAAGAUGCUGGAUCAAGUACUGCUUGACUCUCAUGCAAAAUGCCCAGCUUUCCAUGCAGGACAACAUAGGCGAGCUGGAUUUUGACAAACAAUCUGAACUUCGUGCUUUACGGAAAAAGGAACUAGAUGAGGAAGAGAGCAUCAGGAAGAAAGCUGUGCAGUUUGGAACAGGGGAGCUGUGUGAUGCCAUCUCUGCAGUGGAGGAGAAAGUGAGAUAUUUGAGACCUUUAGACUUUGAAGAAGCCAGAGAACUUUUCUUACUCGGUCAGCACUAUGUCUCUGAGGCAAAAGAGUUCUUCCAAAUUGAUGGGUAUGUCACUGACCAUAUUGAAGUUGUCCAAGACCACAGCGCUCUGUUCAAGGUCCUGGCCUUCUUUGAAACUGACAUGGAGAGACGGUGCAAGAUGCAUAAACGCAGAAUAGCUAUGUUAGAGCCCCUCACGGUGGACCUGAAUCCACAGUAUUACCUAUUGAUCAACAGGCAGAUUCAGUUUGAGAUUGCACAUGCUUAUUAUGAUAUGAUGGAUUUGAAGGUUGCCAUUGCUGACAAGCUGAGGGAUCCUGAUUCACACAUUGUAAAAAAAAUAAAUAACCUUAAUAAGUCAGCGCUGAAGUACUACCAGCUCUUCUUAGACUCCCUGAGGGACCCAAAUAAAGUAUUUCCUGAGCAUCUAGGGGAGGAUGUUCUUCGCCCCGCCAUGCUCGCUAAGUUCCGCGUUGCUCGUCUCUAUGGCAAAAUCAUCACUGCUGAUCCCAAGAAAGAGCUAGAGAAUUUGGCAACAUCAUUGGAGCAUUACAAAUUUAUUGUCGAUUACUGUGAAAAGCACCCUGAGGCGGCCCAGGAAAUUGAAGUUGAGCUGGAACUUAGUAAAGAGAUGGUCAGUCUUCUCCCAACAAAAAUGGAGAGAUUCAGAACCAAGAUGGCCCUGACUUAAUUUUUAUUUUUAAGAUAGGAAAUAUUCUCUACUGGUGAUUUAUUUUCCUCCUGUAUUCAGGCAGACCCAAUUCCAUUGUGACACUUCCCCUCAGGGCCAGAUGAGUACAGUGUAAUGUGGGGUACAGCCAGACCACCUCAGCAA